CCGCUCCCCCCCGCUCCGCCUCCGCCGCAGCCGCACCGAGACACAAAAAGCGGCUGGGGCCGGGUCGGGGCCAUGACGGAGACCACCAAGACCCACGUUAUCCUGCUGGCCUGCGGCAGCUUCAACCCCAUCACCAAAGGCCACAUCCAGAUGUUCGAGAGGGCCCGCGAUUACCUGCACAAGACUGGGCGGUUCAUCGUCAUCGGUGGCAUCGUCUCGCCUGUGCAUGACUCCUACGGGAAGAUGGGCCUGGUCUCCAGCCGGCACCGCCUGACCAUGUGCCAGCUGGCCGUGCAGUCCUCCGACUGGAUCCGGGUGGACCCCUGGGAGUGCUACCAGGACACCUGGCAGACCACCUGCAGCGUGCUGGAGCACCACCGUGACCUGAUGAAGAGAGUGACUGGCUGCAUCCUCUCCAACGUCAACACCCCCUCCAUUACCCCCGUGAUCGGACAGCCCCAGAACGAGUCUCCACAGCCCAUCUACCAGAACAACAACGUUUCCAACAAGCCCACUGCAGCAAAGAUCCUGGGGAAGGUGGGAGAAAGCCUGAGUCGGAUUUGCUGUGUUCGCCCGCCCAUGGAGCGCUUCACCUUUGUGGAUGAAAACGCCAACCUGGGGACAGUGAUGAGAUACGAGGAGAUUGAGCUCCGCAUCCUCCUGCUCUGCGGCAGUGACCUGCUGGAGUCCUUCUGCAUCCCCGGCCUCUGGAAUGAGUCUGAUAUGGAGGUGAUUGUUGGGGAGUUCGGGAUUGUGGUGGUCCCCCGGGAUGGAGCAGAUCCUGAUCGGAUCAUGAACCACUCCUCAAUACUCCGCAAGUACAAGAGCAACAUCCUGGUGGUGAAAGACGACUCGAACCACCCCAUGUCAGUCAUCAGCUCCACCAAAAGCAGACUGGCCCUGCAGCAUGGGGAUGGACAUGUUGUGGAUUACCUCUGCCAGCCUGUAAUUGACUACAUCCUCAAGAGCCAGCUCUACAUCAACGCCUCUGGCUAAGCACCUGAGGUCCUGCAGCAAGACAACCCCGUUGCCCCACAUCCCUACAGCUCUGCAUCACACUUUUCUCUCUCUUUCUGUGUCUCCAUCUCUCUCCCCACCCCAUGGCCUCUCACUCCUGGCGCCGACACUCCAUAGUGCAGCAACAUCUAGCAGCACAGCCCCACAGGGAAUGGUUCGGUCUCUUUUUUUUUUAGGAACUGUCCUCCCCAUUGUGUGUGGGGAGGGAGGGGGACAGAGAUGUGCUCAGUGUGCUCGGGGAGGGAGGCAGCUCUGGCACACCCUCCCCUCACACAUGUCACUGGGAAGUGGUCCCCCCAGUCUGACCUCCCAGCAUGCUCAGAGCAGGGGCUUCCUCUUUGGCAUCAUCUUACCCUACUUAAGCUCAAUACAUCUAGGUGGACUUUUUUUUUUUUUUUUUUAAUCAGUUGCAGCGUGGGCCCCAUGGACCUCUUGCCACAAUGCCCUGCUUCCAAAUGAAUCCUGGUGGGUAGUGGACAGGUGGACCUCCUCAGGCCAGCAGUAGGAUAACCCAGCCACCAAAAUCCUUCUCUUGACCCUCAAAAUUAAGGAGAUGGUAUUUCUGAAGGGGUAAGCAUUGUUGCCAAAGCAUUACUUGCUUUGUAGUCUUGUCUCACCUUUCCAUGGCUGCAAGUGAGCCUAGCCCAUCCCAAGGCAAGCGGAGCUGGGAUGAGGCUAUACUCCAGCCCCCACAUCAGAGGGGAUGGCCAGCAGCACCUAGACAGGGACCUGCCAAGGCCAAGAAGUGUGGGAGGAAGAAGAGGGAUGAAGCAGGAGGCAACCCAAAGCCACUGAUGAGAAUUGCCCCAGGCCUGGUUGAGCUUCAUGGAGACUGUAUAUUGCCUGAUCCUCUAGCCUCCAGCUCUCUGUUUCUACCUGUAAACUCCCCCCUUUUCCCUUCACUCCAAUCCUUGAAGAGUUUAUUAAAUUCAUGAUAUUUUUGCCCUCCCAAACUGGCUUUGGAUACUCCACACGUCCCCUGGGACAAGCCAGUCUCCUGCUUUCAUGCCUGCAAUGUGCCCUGUGUAACCUGCUCAGCCAAAUGCCCCAAACCAGGGCAGGUAACAUGGAGCAAAAGAAAAUUAAGUCCUGCAGAGACAAGGCUUACUGAAGCAGGCUGCUCUCCUGCUGGGUAUGCCCAGGGUGAAAGGAUCCUGCUUCUCCUGAUGGCUCAGCCUCAUGGAAGGAUGGCAGCUGCAAGGAGGAAGGUACAGUCCUGCUCUACUCCUCACCUUCUCCCCUCCCUUUGCUCCUUCUAACCUUGUAUCUCUAGUGUCUAUAGCUCCUGGACCCAUUCCCCAAAGACCGGGGCUGACGAGGCCUAGGGAACUCUCCGCCACAGCACGCCUGCUCUCCAUGAUCCCUAGGGCAGCGCUGACCAGAUGCUGGUCCCCAGCAAGGGCCGGUACUGUGCUGACACACAUGAAGGCUGAGACUCCUCCAGGGUGUUUCAGGGAAAGAGCUGAAUUUACUUCUUCUUCCUUAAAAUCUACAAAGAGUCACGAGCUGGAAGCUUCAAAGACAGAAGCUUCGAGGACGAGACAUUGCACUAAGCGUGGUGACCUGCUGGACACGCUGUCCUCUGUGCUGUAAAUCUGCCGCAGCCCCCUCCAGAGAAGGCAGCUGCCAUCUCUGAAACAGCAAGCAACCUCGGGCAAGACAACAUUGCCUACAAACCCCAGGUCCUCACAGCGCACAGGGCUUCAUGAGCAGCAGCUAGCAGCUCCACAGAGGAGGGCCCAGCCAAGUCCCAGAAGGGAAAGCAUGAGAAAUAGACAUGACAUAGGCUGCCCAAAGGUCGGAAGAGGUCUUCCCCUGUCAGGGAUUUCCCUCCACAUGAAGGCUAGAUCAGAAAUGGCUGUGAACGUGGCAGCUUGCCAAACAAGCCGAAUCUCACAGCUCCAGCUCUCCUAUCUGCAGGCAGUUGUGUACAUACCUCGAGGGGUGUGGAGACAUGUUAAAAACAAACCAGAGGGGGUGGCCAGAGUAUGCAGGAAUCAGCCUGCAGGGAUUUCUCUUCUCCUGAGAUGUCCUUCUGCUACUUUGAGCUGCUAACCAACAUCCUACCGAGCCCCCUUAGCUAAUGCAUCGGGCAGGUACCCCUAGUUGGGUUUCGUGUCCAUAAACACCCAACGUCUGUAAGCCAGUGGCUUGAUUCCUCUAAAUCCAUUGUCCUCACUGUCCCAUGUGGUCAGUUUUUCAGCCUCUCCAUUCUCUCCAACCCGGCACAGAAGUUAUUCUAGACAACAGCCUCAGACAUCACGCUCAGUUUUAAGCUCCAAGCUGGAGGAGAAAAAGUAAUGUUAGAAGCCAGCCUCCAACACACACAUACAG